GGGUGAAGGCCGCGGAGGCUAGAGCCCAAGGCCUGAGGCUAGGAUAUCGAUGCCGAAAACGAAGACAAGUACGUGCAUGCCUUUGUGUGCAUCGCGCACCUGGCGCUGAGGCGAUGUUCUCAGUUGUCGUUCUCGUGCGGCAUGGCAGUUUGUCGCGUUCCUAUACCGGAGACAAGUUGUCCUCUACAAUACACUCUACUAGGUAACUCACACAGGCUGACUGGCUUGACAAGGAGCAACUUGGUGGUCACGCAUUACAGUGACCUUGCACUCUAGUGUUGACGUUUCUUCCUCUAUCAACCUCUUACCUUAAGGGCUCGCUUGGAUACUGGAGGAGCAAACAUUCCCGCAAACGCCCUGUGCGCCACAGUAGGCGCGCGCAGCGGAUUCCUUUGAGCGCAUUCUGAAUUUCAGCGUGCUGAAAUUCAGAACCUACACCGCGUGCCCUUGCCAAGCUGAAGAUCGUUGCCUACGCAUCGUUGUGGGCUCCUGGAGCGUGCGUGGGACCUGUCGUUCCAGCUGAGCACUCAGACUCCUGACACAGGACUACUAGUAUGCUGUGUGGGAAACCGCCAAACCUCAGGCUUGAGCGUUCAGAGCUGGAUGAUGAGCGAGUGGAGCGCUCCAAGGCCUUCACUGGUCCCUCACCUCGCAACUCGCCCCAAGUUCAAGACAUUAACGACUCCCAGGAACUGAGCGACGUCUUCAGAACCUCGACCGCCCCUUUCGAGCCCCCUGAUGUCCCGACGGCUCCUUUCGAGCCGCCAAGCCUGCUGAUACGCCCAAGGCUCUCAGUGCUGGGCGUGGCGGCAUUAGACAGCCCAGCUGUCGAAUGCUACUCCCCAGAGCCCAUGCAGCACUGGCGAGCGCGGCCCGGGACGCGCGGCGGGCACGGGGACGCGCCCCCCACCGGCACAGGGUCGCUGCUGCCACCCGCCUCCGCCUCCUCAGCCGCCGCCCAGCCCUCCGGCCGCACUGCCGGCCUGGGCUAUGCGCACAGCCUGGUGUACGCACAGCGCGCUCUGCUGGGCAGCCCUGGGAGUGGCGCCGACCACAGCGGCUCGGGCGGCGGCAGCCCCCACAGCGGCCACAGCGUCGCGUCAUGCCCCUCGCCCCACCGCCAGUCCACACCCAACCUCAGCGUGCCCGCCUAUGCAUACGACGGCAGCAGCGGAGCCGGGCCGGCGGACGGCGGCGCCAACAGCGGCAGCACCACCACCGCCCGACCCUCCCCCCUGGCCCGGCGACUGGUCGCGCGCUACAUGUCCCGAGCCCGCUACGGCAGCAGCGGCGGCAGCGGCCGCCCCGGGGCCCCACCAGCCCCACACGCCCCCAACGCGCUGCACCACAUGUUGCUCCACGGGGCGUCGGUCGCGCCGGUCGAACACGAGGGCGGUCAGCGCUGGGGCCGCCCCGGCCGCGCUGCCACACUGCCCGUGGACGUGCGCGAGGAGCCCGAGGCCGAGGCCGAGGCCGAGGAGGGCCAGGGGCGCCAGCCGCGGCAGCAGCACAGUGGCUGGGUGCUGACCCUGGCCCGUGCCGCCACUGCCACCGAGCUGUUCCCCGAGCUGGGCCUGGGGUCGCAGGCUGACAGUGGCCACAGCGGCGACAUUGUGUCGGCCGCUGCCUUCGCCGCCGCCACACCCUUCACCACCGCCUCCUCGGCACCGACGCAGCUGGUCCUCACCACCAGCAUGCCCACGGCGGGGAGCAACAGGGCGCAAGAGCUGCUGGGGGCGGGGCCGCAGCAGGGGGCGCCAGCUGCGGCGUCAGUGCCCUACAGCCGCAGGUCCCUCGAGCUGAGCCACCUGCGUGUGGGAGGUAGCCUCGUGAUGAGCAAGUCCGUCGGAAGCACGGGCGCGGGUGCCGCCGCGGCUGCGGGUGUGUGCGGGCCGGACCAGCUGGCCCCGCGGCCGCCGCGUCGCCUCAGCAACAGCGGCCGCAGGAUGUCCCUCCUGCAGCCGCAGGCGCAGGAGCCCCACCUCCAGCGGCCACAGCCUCAGCCGCUGCCGCAGUCGCAGUCGCAGCCCUUGGGUUUUGUGUCGGCGCUCCUCCGCAACGGCGCGGCAGUCAUGGACAAGCUGCGCGGCCGGGCGGCGCCAGGUGCGGCUGCGGCUGCGGCUGCGGCUGCGGCUGCGGCUGCGGCUGAGCGGUACGCCCCGGAGCCGCUGCAGGGCGUGUCCUCGGCCCCUCUGGAGCUGGUUGGCAGCUGGGGCCCGGAGCGGGGCGAGGGCAGCAGUGGCCCCAGUUGGCCGCUGUCGCCGCCGCUGUCUGGGCCGCUGGAGCCGCUGAUGGAGGAGGGGGAGCACCACCUGCACCUGCAUCAACAUGAACACCAGCUUCACCAGGACAAGCACCAGCACCAGCCGACGGCCGCACGCGAGCCCGAGCACGAGUCGGCGGAGGAGCAUAUGCAGCCAUGUCAGCAGGCUCAGCAGCAGCAGGCGCAGCAGGCACAGCAGGCGCAGCAGGCACUGCAGCAGGAGCAGGAGCAGCCGGGGCUGGCCACUGGCGGUGCUGAUGACUCCGAGAGCUGUGCGGAGUGCAGUCGUGCCAGCAGCGGCGGCCUGGGCGCCGCCGGCAGCAGUGCCAGUGUCAGCGCCAGCGGCACCAGUGGCAGCUACCAGCAGCUCACCCUCAGCCUGCGCAGCAGCGCCGGGCCCGACCCGCCGCAGCUGGCCAGCCUGCAGCAGCCGCAGCCGCAGGAGGGCGGGGCCCGCACCCCCAGCGCUGGACGCGUGGCGUCUACCCCUGACUGGCCUGAGAGCUCGCAGGCCACCGCUACCACUGAGUCCACACCGCCUUCCACCGCCGCGACACCCGCCAUGGACCUCACCGCAGCCAGCCAGGUUGCGGAGUCUGCAGCCGAGUCAGACGCCGAGCGGCAGGCGGCGCCCAGCGGCGUGCGCGUGUCCGCCAUCGCUGCGGCCUCACGGGCGGCGGCCAAGCAGCACCGGCAGCUGGAGGCUGCGCAGCUGCAGCCGGGGGUCGAGGUCGAGGUCGUGGCGGAGGGGGCGGCGGCGGUGGAGGUUGCGGCAUGCUCACCCCGCGCCCCCGCCACCCCGCCUGCGGUGGCCACGCCGGCAUCGCCGUUCGUGGCGGCGGACCGCCACGGCAGCACUACCCGCACCAGCAGCGGCGGCGGCAGGGCGGCAGGUGUCGGCGCGGAGGCCGCGGUGGCCAUUGGCGCUGCCACUGCCGCCGCUGCCGGCACCGCCGAGGCCGAUGACGGACUGGUGGCGGGCGACUCGCCCUCCGCCUCCCGCACCCUAGCCCUGCCGGUGCGGGCCACGGCGCCGCACGGCCCCUCCCUGGUCUCGGCGCACGGCCAGGCACAGGACGCCCCGCCGGCGCCGUGCCUACGCACUGCCGCUGCCGCUGCCGCCCGCACGCAACCGCCUGUAGCCGAUGCUGCCACUACUGCCCGGGCGCUCUGCUCGGCGCCGCUGCAGGAGCUGGAGGUCCCUGGCGCGGCUGUAGCGGCCGUGUCCGCGGUGCCUGCGGGCCCCGUCACCGCUGACACCCUCUCGCCACCUGCGCCCGCCCCUGCACCUGCGUCACCCAGCAGCCAGCCCGCAGCGCAGCCGCAGCCUAAUGCUGCUGCCGCCGCUACCACCACGCCUGCGGUGCCCUGCCCGCCUCCCUUCACGGCGCUGGCGCCGCCGCCGGAGCGCUCCCUGAUGCACUGCUGGUCGGGCGCGCCUGCGGAGAUGCGGCGGGGGUGCUGGGGCCGUGAUGACUACCACCUCUCGCGGCAGCUGUACCAGGGAUAUGCCAGUGAGGUGUUCAAGGCGGUGUGCCUCAAGAGCGGGCAGGACGUGGUCCUCAAGGCCUACUGCCUGCCCAGCCUCACGCCCUUCCUCACGCACCAGGCGCUGAGGGAGGUGCACGUGCACAAGCGCCUGGCGCACCCGCACAUCGUGCAGCUCAUCGGCGCCUUCAGGGAGGGCGACUUCCUGGUGCUGGUGCAGGAGUACGUGCGGGGCGGCAGCCUGGACCGGGCGCGGCGCAAGCUGCCCGCAGCGGGGCACCAGGCAGGGGCAGGAGGCGGAGGAGGGGGAGGCGCCGCUGCGGGCCGGCCUCGUCUGAGUGAGGCUCAGGCGCUGCACCUGGUGCUGCUGCCGCUGCUGAGGGCGCUGGGCUACCUGCACGCGCAGGGCAUUGUGCACCGCGACAUCAAGCCCGAGAACCUGCUGUUCACGCCCGACUGGCGCCUCAAGCUGUGCGACUUCGGCGUCAGCGUGUGUCUGUCGGAGGAGCGCGCCGUGACCCGCACCGGCUCGCGCGACUACAUGGCGCCCGAGGUGACCACCUGCCCGCUCAAGAGGACGCCGGCGGACAACAAGGACUGCCCGCAGAUGGCCUACACGCCCGCCGUGGACGUGUGGAGUCUGGGCGUGCUGGCCUAUGAGCUGCUGGUGGGCUUCACGCCCUUCCCAGGAGGCCCGCCCGCACUCAAGGUGGUGGCAGCCGGGGCGGCGGCGGUGGCAGGGGGCGUGCCGCCGCUGGCGUUCCCCGGCGGGGUGUCGGCGGCCGCGCGUGGCUUUGUGGAGUCGUGCCUGCGGCUGCACCCUGGCGACCGGCCCACUGUGACGCAGCUGCUGCAGCACGAGUGGGUGCGCGCGGCAGUCAACGACGUGGCGGCAGUGGCGGGCGUGAAGGCAGCCCCGGAGGUGGAAGCCUCUGCGGCGGCAGAGGGCAAGCUCACGCCCGCAAUGAUCUGACUUGGUACAUCCAAUGCGCAUAUGGAUGCAUAACCCUGGCAUUGCAGAGGUGUGAAGUAAAGCAUUCUGGACAAAAGUUGUUUUGAUUUCGCUGGCAUUCCAGGGGCCUUAAGGGUUGUCGUUUACUGCCGGUCUUCGUGACGAGCAUUGUUGCAGUUGUGGUUGCAUGCGUGUUUUUGUGCAGUGUGGGUCUCUUGGGUGCGGUUUGCUUGUCUCCUUCCGCUGUUGCGGGCCUAAGCUUGUGGCACUUACCUUACAGUCGUGGUGCUUCUUCAUCUGCACUCAUGAACAUCAUCCGGGCCUUCCUGGCUUCCCCGUCCUCAUGCGACACACACUGGCUGGCGCACUAGCUGGCUCACACUUCAAGGCGGUACCGCAUACGCAUUCAGUUUACAUCGGUGCUUGGUUUGCGCUUGAGGGCUUGCUGUCCCCAUGACGGCGAGAGGCUGCACCUAGCUAGAUAGACCAACGCAAAUGAGCAGGCGCUGCUGCACGUUGCUGCAUGGUGCAUGUAUGGCCCUGCUAUGUGGCCCUGCUGUGUGUGUGAGAGCACUGGGCGCUCCUCGGGACAGGUGGCGGAUGGGUGGCUCCCGGGAAUGGCUGGUUGGCGUGGCUGUGUGUCCGUAUACCUCCCUUAGCACAGGGAACAAUGUGAAGAUCAUGGUGGCAACAUGCAUGGACCUUUGCGGGUGCGGCUGCGGCCGCCCGGGGCCGCUUGACGUUUAGCUCAUGUAUUAUGAGGGACGGAGUCCGCUGGCAAUUGCCGGUGGGAAAGCAGGAGGAAACACAGCCUACGUGGAGGCGAUACGUGGGCGCCCCUGUGAGUUGUUAACUUUCUAGGGGAGUAGUGUGCGGGACUCUUAUAUGUUGACAGGAUGCUGCAGUUUCUUCUUCGUGUUGACGGGUGGCCGUGCACACACGCCGUGGCCGUGCAGGCGGGUGCUGCCGUGCAGGCGCACACGUGUGGGGGUGGCGACACACUGCACCGCCGCAACAAUAAGCGCACCAUGCGGCUCCGCGGCUGUGGGGCCAGCAGUGGGGCGAUACCUGGUCGGGACAGGGCAGGAAGGCGCAUGUACGCGCAACGCAUUGGUGGGGGAAGUUGUUUGUGCUGUGUGUGAAUGUGAAUGUGUGCUGCAGGAUGUGGCAAAACCAGGUGUGUAUCGCCGCUUUCGCACGUGUGGACAGUGGGUGUACCGUACAGCCAUGACAGGCGCAUCCGCAUCAUGUUGCACCGCCACAUCAACACUAGCAGUCAUGACCCUGUGUCGCACGCUUGAGAGACUGGCUCAUCGGAGUCUUGUGACGGUGACGGGGGUGUGUGACACACGCGUAUGUGGUGUGUGUGUGUGUGUGUGUAUCUGUGUGGUUGUGUGUGGGAAGAGUGGUAAGCGGCACCGGGUGACGGGCGGCACGGGUGCGUGCCCCCCUCACGGGGUUGGUGCGGCUGCAGGUGUGACUUCACGGGCGCAUGGGACUGGUGGCCAGGCACUGCCCUCCUGGCAGGUGCCCCCGCGCUGCAUGUGUUGAGGGGGCUGCUCAAUCCAAUGUGCAAGCCCGGCGCUUCUGGGACAUGAAGCCCGCAAGAUGCGAUUACAGGCUGCAUUGGGGUAUUGUAGCCCUUGCCCCCGCACACUUGUUGUUUGUUGUUUACCUUGUGUGGGGGAUGAAGAGCUUCGUGCAGACUCGCGGGAAUGUGCUUUGGACUGUCUGGGUCUCUGGGAUGUUACAGCAACUGUUCACGUCAAUAAAAGGGCGUCGUGCUGUGUCGUACGGGCUCUGUAGUACAAUAUGAUUGCAGCAACCGAUGCGGUGAAAGGUGGCAAUAAAGUUGCUUUGGCUGGCAUCAUGCGGUCGUGGCCUUGUCACCUUGUGGGCGCCGCCCCUGCACCUCUUGAGGCGGUGCGGGCCCCUGCAGCUGCUGCGACCGCUGCUGCCAGUGACGCGGCGCCCUGGUCGCCAGGGACACGGGGGCCACAGUGAGCUCCGCGCUGUUACUGCUGAUGCAACCUUGUAAGCCGCGAGUCGU